ACCCUAAACCCCAACCGUGCGUGCGAUCCACACACGAUCGAGAAUAUGGAGAGAUUUAUGUCGCUGCUACUGCUGUGCUACGUUCUGUACCAGAAGUUUGAUGGCGUCAUCAGUGACCAGGUUGUAUUGCUGGACACCACGAAGGAGGCGACGCUGGAGUGGACCCGAUAUCCCUACGGACCGCAGGCACAAACGCCCGGGUGGGUCGAGGAGUCGUUUACCAACUUCGUGAAGGGCAUCAACUGGCGCAGCUACGUGGUGUGCGACGUGGCGUACAACAACGUCAACAACUGGCUAUGGUCACCGUUCAUCGAUCGUGGCCCGGCCAACCGGCUGUACAUCGAGAUUCACUUCACCAUCCGCGACUGUUCGCUGUUUCCCGGCAAUGCGCUCUCGUGCAAGGAAACGUUUAGCUUGCUGUUUUACGAGUUCGAUGCGGCCACCCGGGAACCGCCACCCUGGCAACCGGAAAGCUACAAACUGAUCGGUCGUAUAGCGGCCGGCGAGGGCCGCUUCAACCAGAACUCGGACGUGGACAUUAACGUGGAGGUGAAGAGCAUUGCGGUGACGAAGAAGGGUGUGUACUUUGCGUUCCGGGAUCAGGGCGCUUGCAUCAGUGUGCUUGCGGUGAAGGUGUACUACAUCACCUGCCCGGCGGUGACGGUCAACUUUGCGCACUUUAACGAAACGCCAACCGGGCGUGAGGUGACGAUCAUCGAGCAGCAGAUGGGUGUGUGCGUGGAGAAUGCGGAAGCGUACGAAACGCCAACGUACCUGUGCAAGGGCGACGGCAAGUGGACCAUCCUGACCGGGGGAUGCCGCUGCAAGGUCGGCUACGAGCCGGAUGCAGAAAAGCAAACGUGCAACGUGUGUCCGGUGGGGAAGUUCCGUUCGGCGGAGGUGCGCACGUGCACGAUCUGUCCGUUAAACUCGAAAACGAACAAAGUCGGAUCACCGUUCUGUCCGUGUUUGAGUGGACAUUAUCGACAUCCGCGGGAUGGUAAGCAUAUGCCGUGCUAUAAACCACCCGGACCACCCACCAACCUGACGCUGCUGUUCAUCGAUCAAACGAGCGCCAUAUUGUCGUGGAAUGCACCGCAGCGUGCGGCGGACGAACAGUUGGACAGUAAGUUCCGUAGCGAUAUUGUGUUUCGGGUACGGUGUGCCGCCUGCACCUCGAACGUGGUGUUUAAUCCAUCGAGCGAAACGUUCAACGAUACAAAGCUGACGCUAACCAACCUCGAACCGGUCACGACGUACACGGUGCAGGUACAUUCGCAGCAUGGCGUAUCCUAUCCGAUUGUGGUACCGGAGGGAAUGCAUGGUGGUGCGGGUGGUUACGAGAACGGUAGUGCGGCACCCGGUGCAAGUGGUUAUCACGCGACCGAACCGCCGAUGGUAAUGGUAAAUGCUCGGGCCGGUGGAUCAUCAUCCGAUCUGGAUGACAUUAAGACGGAGUUUGCGGAAAUUACCUUCACAACCGAAUCGGCCAUCCUUAGUACGGUGUUUAACGUAAAAGUGGUACAGAUAACGAACAAGGACGUUGAUCUGGUGUGGGAUAAACCGAUCCACAGCGAUUCCCCGAUCGAAUACUACGAGGUACGGUGGUUCCCGAAGUCGGAGGUGGACGCUAUGAACAAAUCUGUGCUGAGCACAAAGGAAUCUAAGGUGCACAUCGGCGAUCUGCUGGAAAACACCGAGUACGGGUUUCAGGUGCGCUGCAAAACACUCAACGGUUGGGGCACCUUCAGUAAUAUCGUGUACGCGCAAACGCAUCAAAGCGUCAGUCCGGUGUACGACGAUUCAUUCCAGAUGCGUAUCGUAGCCGGCACUACCGUUACUGUCGUGUUUAUUCUGGUGCUGGUGAUCGUUGUGACGGUAGUAUUUCUCCGCUCGAAGAAUCACGAUGAGAUUGACAAGAAAACGAACAACCAUCUACCAUUGCCGUUGGAUUAUGCGAGCAACGAAGUUCACGCAAUGGACACCACCCCGAUAGUCAAAACGAUGAAAAGCAAUGUGACGACACCAUUGUUCGGUACCAGCCGGAGCUAUGUCGAUCCGCACACGUACGAGGAUCCGAACCAGGCGAUACGCGAGUUUGCCCGGGAGAUAGACGCUAGCUACAUUACGAUCGAGGCCAUUAUCGGUGGCGGUGAGUUUGGUGACGUGUGCCGGGGCCGAUUGAAAGUUCCGCCGAACUUUGUGCAAGAGAUAGACGUUGCAAUCAAAACGCUCAAGCCCGGCUCGUCGGAAAAGGCGCGCUGUGACUUCCUGACCGAAGCCUCCAUUAUGGGACAGUUCGAGCAUCCGAAUGUGAUCUUCCUGCAGGGUGUGGUGACGCGCUCGAACCCGGUCAUGAUCAUUACCGAGUACAUGGAGAACGGUAGUCUGGACACGUUCCUGCGCGCAAACGAUGGUAAAUUCCAAACGAUUCAGUUGAUAGGCAUGCUGCGUGGGAUUGCGGCCGGUAUGACGUAUCUGAGCGACAUGAACUACGUCCAUCGGGAUCUGGCCGCACGGAACGUGCUGGUGAAUUCUUUGCUCGUGUGCAAAAUUGCCGAUUUUGGGCUGUCGCGCGAGAUCGAGAACGCUAGCGAUGCGUACACGACACGGGGUGGUAAGAUACCGGUACGCUGGACGGCACCGGAAGCGAUAGCGUUCCGGAAGUUUACCUCGGCAUCGGACGUUUGGUCGUACGGUGUGGUACUGUGGGAGGUGAUGUCGUUCGGCGAGCGACCGUACUGGAACUGGUCGAACCAGGACGUGAUCAAGAGCAUCGAGAAGGGGUACCGGUUGCCGGCGCCCAUGGAUUGCCCCGAGGCGCUCUACCAGCUAAUGCUCGACUGUUGGCAGAAGCAGCGUACGCAUCGGCCCACCUUUGCCAGCAUCACGCAAACGCUCGACAAUCUAGCGCGGCAACCACAGGUACUGCUGACGACGCGCAACUCACCAGACAAUCCGGUUGCCCGGAUGGGUACGGCCGGCGGCGUGUCGGAUGACCUUACGCAGGAAAUGCUAGCAGCGGCUGCAGCGGCGGCGGCCACAGCUGCGAGUGGUGGUGGAGGCGGUGGCAUGCCCGCAAUGCUUGUGGGCGGUGGUAGUUCCCAACAGCAGCAGCAGCAGCAACAGCAACGAGCCGCCACACUGAUGAUGGGUGGCGGUGGUAGCGGUACGACCGAACGUGUGCUAAACAACGGUAGCAGCAGUAUGGCGAACGUGCCCGGCUCGAUGGGUACGCUCGGGUCAACAGUCGGUGGGUUGAGCAAUACCGGCACGAUGUCAGGAUCGGGCAAUCCGGGCAUCUUCAUCAGCACCGAUCUGUGGCUGGAGGGCAUCAAGAUGGCGCGCUAUUCGCAACAUUUCAAAGAGGCCGGUCUUGUCACGGCACAGCAGCUUUCGCGGCUAACAGCUCAACAGUUGUCCGAUAUGGGCAUCACGCUCGUAGGCCAUCAGAAGAAAAUACUCCACCAGGCGCGACAGAUCGAUACCAUCAUCUAAAGCCCA